AUGUCCGAGUCCGUGGCUACCGAACAAGCCGUUGUGCGCGACGUCGACCGCCAUGACGAGGUCGACGACGACGAUGUCGCCUCGGACCUGGAGCAGCCGCAGCCAAGGGCGACCAACGUCGACCCCGUCGAGGAAUUCAUCAAGCCGCUCGUCCUGGAAGAGUCGCGCCUCUACUCGCUCGCUCGCCGCUUCUCCGAGGUCUAUCGACACCUUGCCCUGACCUCCGACCAGCAAUUCCUCCCAACUCCCGUCACCAAGCUGCCCACCGGCGAGGAGGUCGGCCGCUACCUGGCCAUUGAUGUCGGUGGCAGUAACCUUCGAGUCGCCUUUAUCGAACUGCUUGGCGAGGGCGCCGACACGGACAAGAGUGAUACCAUCCGCAAGGCUCAACGACAGCGCGUGAGGCGGACGCUGGAGAAGGCAUGGCCGAUUCAGGAACAUCUGAAGAUGGACAAGGCUGACGACCUAUUUUCUUGGAUUGGUGACUGCAUUGCCGAAGUUAUAGCUGACAGUCUGUCUUCUGACGCGACCAAGGGGAAGAUUCCCGAGGAACUCGAGAUGGGCAUCACUUUUAGUUUUCCUAUCAUGCAAGAAUCCGUCUCCGAGGCUACGUUGAUGCCAAUGGGCAAAGGAUUCGCCAUAACAUCCGACCUCAAUCUUCGCAACAUUCUCCUUGCUGGCUACGAGAAGCACACCCGGCGAUCAGAGGACGACCAACCCUCGAGCAAGCGACGGAAGAUCUUUGCCCUACCCAAGCUGAAAAUAGCUGCUAUCACCAACGAUACUGUCGCUACUAUCAUCUCCUCCGCAUACUGUGUCAAGGCACUCCCCAACAGCCGUGUCGCAAUGGCUAUCAUUGUUGGCACUGGCUGCAAUGCCACGAUACCAAUGGCACUCGACGACCUGCACGAGUCCAAGGCCAAGCUGGUCAGCUCAAGAGAGCCCGAGGCGACGCAGACGGUGGUCAAUACGGAAAUAACCAUUUCGGGUGCCGCAGCACCUCUAGGAGAACUAGAAAUAACGACCAAAUGGGACGUUGAACUUGAUCGGGCGUGUGCUCGCCCCGGGUUCCAGCCAUUGGAAUACAUGACUGGUGGCCGCUACGUUGGGGAGCUUGUUCGCAUUGUUCUCUUCGACUACCUCACCAACGUGGUAGGCGUCUCAAAGCGAGAACUGCCCGCUACCUUGGUACAUGAAUACGCCCUAUCUACAACCUUCCUUUCCGACAAAGUCGCACGAAUCCGCUCCGACCAAGAACUAGCGACGGAGCUCACCCGAUCACUGCCUCCCCCGGAAUCCAGCGAUUGGAGCUGGGACAAGGCAACUGCAGCGGCAUUUAGGAGAAUCGCCAGGGCCGUCCAAACUCGUUCGGCCGGCCUCAUUGCCUCGGCAGUCGUUGGACUGCUAGCCUGCACACGUGAGAUCCAGUUGAAAGAUGACAGUUCACGAAACACGCCACAACCAACAUCUGCCAAUGAUUCCAAGGAGGGAAACAAUAUCCAGCCAGAGAACAUUGCUACGGUGGCGGACGAAAAACUAGCUCGUAAUGCGUCUAAUCGGGGGCUCAUAGUCCCGGUGCUCGCCCCAGCACCGGCCGAUUGGCAGUCUGGGCCCGAGGAACUGGUCGUUGCUUACACAGGUGGCAUCAUCCAGAACUAUCCCAACUUUAAGGAAACAUGCCAAAGCUACGUUGAUCGACUGAUCAUGAGAACCGGCCCGCAGAAGAGUGGGAGAUCGGUAUUCCUCCGCGAAGCCUCGGAUGGUGGUGUAAUUGGUGCUGGCGUGCUGGCAGGCAUGGUCGCCCACCAAGUAUAG